GCAAGGGGCAAGGGUAGAUCUGGAAGACCCAGCCCUGCUACGUAUUGCUGCCUGUCUGUGUAUAUUGCUCUAGGAAAGGAGAGCAGCGGAGAGGAGCAGCAAGAGCAGUCUCUUUUCUCGUUCCCGGUUGUGUCGCUACAGGCAGCCGUUCCCAUCUUCAACACUCGGCCAACCUCAUCACCGGAGUCGAAUCUUGACGACCAGACUGCGCAAUGUGGAGACACUACGCCAUACCUAUACUUCCCGCGUCCUGGUUUGGAUCAGGUUCCAAGCCAGAAGACAAGGGAAAGGGAAAGGGAAAAAAAGAAGAAGCACCGCCCGAGCCAAGGGUCAAAACACAAGAGGAACUCGACGAGGAAUAUAAUUUACAACUCCUCCUUGAGCUGCCGGAAGAGGACCUGCGUCUACUGCUGGAGGGCUGCCUCUGUGCCAACUUUUAUGGCUCGCAGAACUCCAUCCAGUGUGAUAGCCUAGUGAUGGAAUUCGGCACGAGGUGCGAGGACUGUGUGUUCACCCAAGAAGGUGCCUCAAUGACCAGAGGCCUAUUAUGGAACAACAAGACGCGGGAGAUACCGCGGAGGCAGUACCACGACUAUACAUACGUCAGCAACAUUGUCACUCGAGGGGCAGUGACGCGCGUCAACAGCCUGGCGCAGCGGCGCUGAGUCGUGGCUCUCUGGGAGAACGGCACCAGCACCAGCACCAGCAACAGCAACAGCAGAACAUCGUGAUACAACGGAAC